AGCGCAUCUGUUCCUUUCAAAUCUGGGUCGACUAACAUCGGAGCGAGUAGCUCUAGUGUUUUAAACUCUUGAAAGGAAUACAACUAUUGAGAAACCGGCCCUUAGCCAUUGUUCCGAAUGCAUGGAACAUAGCUCUUGCGUCACAAUUCAGUGGCGUAGACGGGUCAGGGUUGCACUUUGAACUUUGCGUUUGUUGUUGUCAAUGUCAAAUUUAGGUUAGUUUUAAGGGUCACCUUUUUGUGUUUUUUUAAAAAAAUAAUGCAAAAAAAUACAGUAAAAUGCAGAAUAGGGCCUUCGAUUUUGAACGCGGACCUUUCACAAUUACACGCGGAAUCCAGACGGUUGCUUGACAAUGGUGCGGACUACUUGCAUUUGGACGUUAUGGAUGGUCACUUUGUUCCUAACCUCACUUUUGGCCACCCUUUAGUGAAAUGCCUAAGAAAAAAGAUUCCCAACGCUUUUUUCGAGACACACAUGAUGGUUCAGGAACCUCAAAAGUGGAUAGAACCUAUGGCUGAUGCAGGCGUUAGCCAAUACACAUUUCACAUAGAACCAGUGAUAAAUGACGUGCUUCCAAUUUGUCGUAAGAUCCGUGAAGCUGGGAUGAAAGUGGGGCUUGCCCUCAAGCCCGGUACAGGGAUCGAAGCUGUAAGACAAUAUAUCGAUCAUGCAGACAUGAUUUUAAUAAUGACUGUAGAACCAGGAUUUGGCGGACAGAAAUUUAUGGCCGACAUGAUGCCUAAAGUUCAGUGGUUGAGACACAAUUAUCCGUUACUCGAUAUUGAAGUUGAUGGUGGUGUAGGAUUAAAUACAAUUACAGCAUGUGCAGAGGCUGGCGCCAAUAUGAUUGUAUCCGGAACAGCGAUAACGGGUGCCGCAGAUCAAAGAUCGGUAAUUGCAAGUUUAAGAGAAACAGUGGAAAGCUCAAUUCAUAAAUGCAAUGUUUAAGUCUGCAUGCAUAUUGUGAUAAUAAACAAAAAAUUAUAAAAUAGGUGAACGAGGCUAAGGAAUGAUAGAAUAAAAUUUUUGAAAUCGGGAAAGAAUAAAGUACACAUCUGCUGUGAAUAUUUUAUGUCCAAUAGCAUCAGUUUUUUUCUUUUAGAUGAAAUUUUGAAUAAUGGUGCAUAUCCUAUUGGUAAAUGGUAUUUAACAAAUUAUUCUGUCAUUCACUUGGCCGACAAAAUUUUUAGGGCAAAUUGUUAACGGUUACGUACUAUGUAAAAGUACUACAAAUCCUAUACUUUAAAUUGUUAACAAUCAUUAUUGAAAAUAUAUACAAGUUGGUUCGAAUUGACAAUUAGAAGACAUAUUGUUACUUUUUUUUGUGUUGUUGAGUAAACCGCUUAAAAAAUCAAUUUUGAAAAAGUUUUUUAUACAGGGUAACCCAUUAAAAAUGGUCAUUUGCUAUAAAUUUAUCUGUUUUCACUUUUUUUGGAUUGUCAAUAUGUGCAUGCGUACCUACUGUGGUUAAAGAUGCUUUUUUUAUUUUUAAUCACAGUUUCAUGUCUCUGCCAUUGUAGACCUAAAUCGGAGCUUUGGUUGAAAGUGAGGCUCCACCUUAAUCAUUUUAGUCAAAGAAUUUUAUAUGUUGGCUUUAAGGGGUUCUUAUUUUUUAAAACAUGCAUAGAUUUAGAAGAUUUUCAAUCAGGAACUGUAACCAGUCUAGUUAUGGAAAGAAAUCACUGAAAGUUAUCAACUUUUUUGAAAUUUGAAAAAACGUGUGGGAAAUUAAUAGUUAAGAGGCUAGAGCUUCACAUUUAACUGCGAGUCUAGAAUUAUUUUGAGUCUAUGGUGCUAAAGUAAUUAUUAAAAGUCACAGGCAAAUAGAUUUAUGAAUAAAUUUUAGUUGAUUGCAAUGAUCUUAGCCCUUACGUGUUAAAAAAGUUGCUAUAUAAAUGAGCAAUAAAGUAAAAAACUUCCAUUAGGCUUCUUUAUCUCAAAAUUGAGGGCAAAAAUUUUCAAUGUGAAUAAUUCAAAAGAGCCUUGCAUAGCCAAUUUUACAAAAUUCGAGGCUCUCCUAUAGACGUUUCCACACUAUAUUACUUCUGUUUUUUCUGUCUGUGACCUUAGACAAUUAUGUGUGUUCUAGAAAAAAAUAUUUUGCAUUUAACUUAUAUAUUUUAAGGGUGUUUAUUUAGUUUAAAUGUUGACCUACAAUGGUUCAUGUACAGGUGGUAAGAAGAAUAUAUUUUCCAAAUUUUUGUAUGGGUUUUCCAACUGUUUACCCAUAUUCCUAUUAAUUUUAAGGGCAUAACAUGGGCAUGAAAAACAUGUGUGCUAUCGACCUUAUAUUGUACUGUAUUUUGUACAAGUUUUUCAGAUGUUAUGUUACUAUACUACUUCUACAUUCUAUUUUUUAUAUGUUAAUUUUUUAGAUUUGUUAUGUGGUUAAAUUUUAAUAUAUUUGCAAUAAUAAAUAAUAGGGGAAUAAAUUAAGACAGUGUUUUUAUUUAUUCAAUCAAAUUUGCUCAUAUCAUCAUCAUCAUUAUCCACCUUCACAUCUCCUUGCUCCUCACUCUCGGAUUCAGUUACGACUGGAGCAACAAAUUCCUUAUUUCCAGCUUCAGGAUUCAAUUUGGGUCGUAGAGCAGCCAACGUUAUUAAAAUUGCUUCUUCGGUCCUUAUAGUUUUAGAACCCUAGAUAAAAUUAAGCUUAACUACAUCCAAUAAAUACUUGAAACCCAAUUAUACCUGUUGCGGUAAACUAUUCAAAUAACUAUCGAACAAUAAUUUAGGAUCAUCAGCGUUUAAUACCGAAUCGUUUUCCAAUGCCGCUUCUAAGCCUUGAACUCCACCAAACACUACUAACAAAUGUUUGUACUUUGGACAAGUGAAAUCAUCUAUUGAACUUCCUUUAUCCGAUGUUCCUAUCGUUAAAUCAUAU